AUGAAGCAGGAGGGCUCUAUCUUCAACACCGCCGUCUCCCCUCAUUACCACGCCAUUGCAUCCACGGACCAUCGCUGCACGGCUCCGUACAAGCGCGGCAGCCGGGGCCGUUGCAUCUUCGACGUCAAGUACCAGUACCACGGCUCAAGCGCGCAGGGCUUCCUUAGCACCGACAACUUCGUCUUCGACGGCAGCGGCCCCGGCAGCCCCAUCAGCAGUGUGGACGGCCUUGUCUUCGGCUGCGCGCACUCCACGCACCAGUUCGGCAACCACGGCGUCUGGGCCGGCGUAAUGAGCCUCGACAGGCACCCGACCUCCUUGAUCCGGCAGCUCUCGGACCGCGGCCUCACCGCCUCGCGCUUCUCCUACUGCCUCGUCGGCAAGGAGCACGAGCACCUCCACCGGCGUGGCUUCCUCCGGUUCGGCGCCGACAUCCCGGACCAAUCGCACGCACGGAGCACGGCGCUGCUGCACCGGGAACUCGCCCAAGGAGGGGGCAUGUACUACGUCCACCUCGUCGGCAUCAGCCUGGGCGGGCGAAGGCUCACGGCGAUCACGCCGGCGAUGUUCGAACGCGACCCGCGCACCCUCCGCGGCGGGUGCACCAUCGACGUUGGGACGGCGUACACCGUGCUGGCCCCGGCCGCGUACCAUGUCCUGGCGGCCGAGGUCGUGGCGCACAUGCAGAGCCGCGGGGUGCACUGCGCGCCCGGGCCGGUGCAGAAUUUCGAGCUCUGCUUCCGCGGGGCAUGUGACAGUAUCCGCGCGCACUUCCCGAGCGUGACGCUCCACUUCUACCCGGAAUCGGCCGCGCUCUUUAUCAAGCCGGAGCUGCUGUUCAUGGCAGUGACGCAUCAGCAUACCCACUACGCGUGUUUCACCGUCGCGUCGUACGCUGAGAGGUCAGUGAUAGGCGCGGGGCAUAUGUUGGACACGCGCUUCACGUUUGACCUCCAACACGACCGGCUCUUCUUUGCUCCCGAGGAUUGCCAUCUAGACACUAGCGCAGUGGGGAUGACCUAA